AUUUUUCCUUCUUUCCUUUAAUCUUUCCUUCCCCAACCGCCGUCACCUUCCCCAGACAAAGACUCCACCAUUGCCAUUGCCAUUACCAUUACCAUUACUAUUAUCGGUAUCACUCUUCGCCUAUAAGCCACUGACCUCUCUUGCGCACUUUCACCAACACCUCGUCUCGCAACCUCUAUUCUAAUGGCGGAUUCCGAACGCGUUUCCCGAUCCCUUUUAGACGGCAACGCCGUGGCCGCAAAAUCUCUCGCCCGCCUCGGCGUCGACAAGAUGUUCGGCGUCGUCGGCAUCCCCGUCACCUCCCUCGCCACCCGCGCCGUCGCCCUUGGCGUCCGAUUCCUCGCCUUCCACAACGAGCAAUCCGCCGGCUACGCUGCCUCCGCCUACGGCUACCUCACGGGCCGUCCCGGAGUUCUUCUCACGGUUUCCGGUCCGGGCUGCGUCCAUGGCCUCGCCGGUCUGUCCAACGCCAUGGCCAACGCCUGGCCCAUGGUGCUGAUCUCCGGAUCAUGCGAUCAGAAAGAUUUCGGCCGCGGGGAUUUCCAAGAGCUCGAUCAGAUCGAAGCCACGAAACCCUUCUCCAAAUUGUCCGUGAAAGCCAAGGACAUUAGGGAAAUUCCCGACUGCGUGGCUAGGGUUCUCGAUUGCGCGGUUUCGGGUCGCCCCGGCGGGUGCUAUUUGGAUCUUCCGUCGGACGUUUUGCACCAGGAAAUUUCUGAAUCGGAGGCCGAGAAGUUGUUGGAUUCUACGGCGGAGAGGUUUGGGGAAAAAGAAGUGGUUUUGAAUUUGGGGAGUUCUGUGAUUGAGAGAGCGGUUUCCUUGCUUAGAACGGCCGAGAGGCCGUUGAUUGUGUUCGGAAAAGGAGCGGCAUUUGCGCGAGCAGAAGGGGAAUUGAAGAAGCUCGUCGAGAGAACCGGAAUCCCCUUUUUGCCUACUCCAAUGGGGAAAGGCCUAUUGCCUGACACGCACGAGCUUGCGGCGACGGCUGCAAGAUCUCUUGCCAUUGGAAAAUGUGACGUUGCUCUUGUUGUUGGCGCGAGGCUUAAUUGGCUGUUGCACUUUGGUGAGCCUCCGAAGUGGUCGAAAGACGUGAAAUUUAUCUUGGUUGAUGUUUCUGAGGAAGAGAUUGAGCUGAGGAAACCGGAAUUAGGAAUUGUUGGUGAUGCGAAAAGGGUGUUGGAGUUGAUCAAUAGGGAGAUAAAGGACGACCCUUUUUGUUAUGGGAACAAUCAUCCGUGGGUGGAGGCGAUUUCUAAGAAGACGAAAGAGAAUGUGGCAAAAAUGGAGGCUCAGUUGGCAAAGGACGUUGUGCCCUUCAAUUUCCUAACUCCAAUGAGGAUUAUUAGAGACGCAAUCUUGGCGUUGGGAAGGCCUGCUCCUGUGUUGGUUUCUGAGGGGGCUAAUACUAUGGAUAUUGGGAGGGCGGUUUUGGUUCAGACGGAGCCGAGGACGAGAUUGGAUGCCGGGACUUGGGGGACAAUGGGGGUUGGUUUGGGGUAUUGUAUAGCAGCUGCCGUGGCUUACCCCGAUCGGCUUGUGGUUGCGGUUGAAGGAGAUUCGGGAUUUGGAUUUAGUGCCAUAGAAGUUGAGACGUUGGUUCGAUACCAGUUGCCCGUGGUUGUGAUUGUGUUUAACAAUGGCGGAGUGUAUGGUGGUGAUAGAAGGAGCCCUGAGGAAAUUACUGGCCCUUACAAAGAUGAUCCCGCACCCACUUCAUUUGUACCUAGUGCAGGAUACCACACUCUAAUCGAAGCCUUUGGAGGGAAAGGUUAUCUUGUUGGAACCCCUGAAGAACUCAAAUCUGCCCUUUCAGAAUCCUUCUCUGCUCGGAAACCAGCAGUUAUAAACGUUAUAAUCGACCCCUACGCGGGUGCAGAAAGUGGAAGACUUCAACACAAGAACUGAUGUAUCGUGGUAAUCAAAGUCUUGUCUUCUUCUUCGUGCGAGUUGGUUUAGCAUUUGUAAAAUUUUGCAAUCCAUGCAUAGAUACAUAUAUCUCUGUCUGACAUGUGUAAAAUAUUCUUCUGCUUCUUUGUCAGGCUUUUUGUCCUAGAUUCCUUAGUUGAUAAAAUUCUACUCAUAGUUCACUUUUUGUAGUUUAAUUUCGUACUUGUUAUGUUAUAUUCUAGUAAUAAGUGCCUGCUAUCUGCAGGGUUGACUGUUGAGGCGAAUUCUGCAGCCUCGCAGAUUAUAAAUGUGAGAGAACGGGGUGGGAAAAGGAGAAAUACCUAUGCAGAAA